UUGGAUCAGGCUCUAGAGUGGACGCCCCUAGCUGAGGGGUCCUCUGUCCAGCCAGAGACCUACAGAAGAAGCUGGCGAUGGCGCUUCGGCCGGGAGAAUACUUUUGGCCUGCGUUUGGGCUGCGUUUGCUGUUGAUGACCAUGUUUCAAGCGGUGUCUGCAUUUGGAGCAGAAUUUUCAUCAGAGGCAUGCAGGGAAUUAGGCUUCUCCAGCAACUUGCUCUGCAGCUCUUGUGAUCUUCUUGGACAGUUCAGCCUGCUUCAGCUGGAUCCUGAUUGCAGAGGAUGCUGUCAGGAAGAAGCACAAUUUGAGACAAAAAGUUGUAUGCAGGUGCUAUACUUGAGGUCUGUGGAUGAAAAUUGGGGAGGUUCCCUCAAGUCCAAGCUUUCGUCAGGAGUGAUAAACCCAAACUAUUCAGAGGACUACAAAUCAAGUAUGUUCGUGGUUCAGACCCUGUACUGAAGCUUCUGGACGACAGUGGUAACAUUGCUGAAGAACUGAGCAUCCUCAAAUGGAACACAGACAGUGUAGAAGAAUUCUUGAGUGAAAAGUUAGAGCGCAUAUAAAUCUUGCUUAAAUUUUGUCCUAUCCUUUUGUUAUCAAAUGAAAUAUAUUGCAGUACCUAGAAAAUAAUUUAGUUUUUGCUUCCUUCUUCCAUUGAUCAAUCUUUUGACUGUGAGGCGUUGAACAUCUAAUGAGAAGUUGAAGUAGCAGCACAGCCCAUGAUACCUAAUGAGUUGGCAAGCUUAAUAACAAAACCCAUUUUUUAUAAAUUUCCAUCCUCUUUCAUUUGUUGAUACCACUAACUAAAUGCUUUGUAACAGACUUGUGGUUAAUUAUGGAAAUGAUAGUUUGUGAUAAUUGGUCCAGUUUUACAAACAACAGAUUUUUAAAUUAGGGAGGUUAAUAAGGGAGAGGAUUACUAUUCCUCAUGUGCUGUGUGCUCUUUGAAAGUAAUGACAGAAAGCUACAAAGCAAGUAAGAUAUACUGAGCCUCAACAGAUUGCCUGCUCCUCAGAGUCACUCGUAUUUUUGUAUUACCCAGCUUUCCUUUGAAUAGAAGUGUUAUUUAUAGUUUAUAAUAAAUGGAAUGCAAUGCAUAAAAACUUUGUAACCUUAUUAUUGUGAAACAGAGUCAAGAUCUACAGUACGAGUGAAACAUUCACAGAGAUUCGCAUUAAUGAAGACUACACAGAAAACCUUUGUAAGGAUUUGUGUGGAUCUGAUAUUUGGCAAAUUUUUGUGUUUUACAUUAUUAAAAAUGAAUUUUAAAAGGAUCUCUCUUAAGAACAAAAUGUAAAUAAAGUUUCAAAAGUC